AUCAACAGUAUAAUUUAUAGCUGAAAAGUAAAACUGCAUCCCCAUUCAAAUUUUCUUGCCCGUGGAGUGAUUUUAGGAGGCUGACAUGGCAGUCCAUUUAGGCGGGAUUUCGCCUGCAACCGUCGUCCUUCCUCGGGCUUUUUUUGGAACGCUCCUCCUUCCUCUUCCUCUUCCUCUUUCCUUUUUGCAUCUGACAGGAGCAUAAUGAUAUACGUUGCCUCCACUCUAGCCGCAUCCCCAAUCAAAAAAGUUACAAUCGAAAUCCCUAAUUACAACAAAGUCGAAUGGGCAACUCUCUAAUGGAAGUACUUGGUAGGGGGGAGAUCGCGCUUGGGAGUGCAGCGGCCGAUCUCGUCGGCGAAGAGGUUGUGGACGAGCGAGGCUUUGAUCUCCGGCGACCAGCAGAACUCCCUCGCAGGUUGCGGCUUACCACCAGAGAUUCACUUCUAUCCUCUCUAUCAGGUCUGUCUUCCAAUUGGUGGCUUCCUCUACUAGGGUCCAUUAGGAAAUCGCUGCACCCACCAAUUGCCCCAGAACCGCGACAGGUUUGGAGCCGCCUGUUGAACUCCUCCUCUCUCCGUUCCACCGUCGUUUCUACCCUGCGGGUCGCGGUUCAUGAAGUCGAUUUGAAGGUCGCUCGCCCGCAGCAAACGAACUCUUCCAUCAUUGAUUCAUUUCUGGAAGACGCGUGCCAUCGAUCGGAUUUUCGGCAGCUGUCUUCCUUCCCACAAGCUUCUGUUCCGGCGAUUCUUGACAGCAGAGUCAAUUCGUUAGCAUCAAGGUCGCACUUGGGGCGAUCCCUUGUGGGAGGAAUGGAGUUUUGGAUGUUUUCCGCAAAGUGUUGUUGAUUCCCAGUUUUGUGUUCGAAGACCAGAAGUGCCUACAUCCACCUCGACCACUAUCUCACGACAUUCCUUUGACUGCUAAGAUUCGAAGUUUUCAAUCAAAGUGCAAGGGAGAGGAAGAUGAAACUGAAGUUGGCAGUGGACUGAAUUUGUUAGCCACUGCCUCCCGAUUUUCCUCGUGUUCCGCUUUGUUGCUGUUUCUAUACUGUCCAAACUGCUGCUAGCGUGUCAGAUUUGGAGCCGCCAUACUGUUGGCAGGUAAGUUUUAUAUUAAUUACAUUUACUUAAGAUUUUCCGUCGACUGGGUAAAUGAUAGGCAUUGGUGUGUAAUUAUAAUGGCGAUGAAUGAAAUUGUGUGCCUGCCGACGGGAUAAAGGAUAUGCAUGGG